AACGGGAUUUUCAUUCGCAUACCAGCCUUGAGAUCCGGAAUCUGAGCCAUUCAAACUCCACUUGGGAGACGACUCUGCAAGAUACAGCAAGAGCAGUUGAUUCUGCCGGUGCAGUUGGCAAAUAAUUGGAGCGGAUCAACAAAGGAGCCAGUGAGCUCGGGAAUUUCCGGGAUCGGGCGGAAAAACACGAAUUGGACCAGGUAGUGAGCAUCCAUCCUCCAGCACAGGCAAAGAGAGAGCGCAGCCUCUUCAAUAGCGACCACUUGCUGCGCACGGUCUUCCGCAGCUCCCACUGCCAGAGCCUGAGCGGUCAACAGCCCUACCCUGUCCCAGGAUGAGAACUCUCCGGCUGAUCGCAGUGACAGUCAGCCUCCUGGUUUUGACAGAUGUCUUUUGCGAAGAGGUUUCCCGGAAUGAAGGCGUUUCUCUAUGGGACGAAAGCGACCACGGCCAGAACAAACGACUGCAGCCGGAUUCCUUUCGGGAGCUCCUGAAGCGUGUGGCCCGGAAACCACGACCCGAGCAGUUCUUUGGCUUAAUGGGCAGGCGGUCAUUCGAAUACAAGCCACUGACUCGCAAAAGACAUAAGAUCGAGAAUUUUGUUGGACUUAUGGGAAAACGCUCUUCAACUGCUGAUUCCUCUUCUGAUUGGAAAACAGCACAAGACCUUGUCCAAAGACGUUAAUAAAAAUAAUAAAGAAUUAUAUUGAAUGCCAUUUAUUUUAAUUUGCUAGCACAAGUGUCUAUAAUAUUAUAUCCCCACUUGUAUCAGUUGAUUGUUGAAAUAAAUAGUUGUUAUGACUUCUCCAAAUAGAAAUUCUUCUAUUUUAUUGCUGUAUUUACAAAUAUAUAAAGUGCAGUGAACAUUGAGGCAGUGCCACAUAUCAUUCAACAAUGUAAUAAACAGAUUUUGAUAACACUUGACUGUGUCAGUUGUAAUUGGGAAAUAAUGGUCUCAAUUGAUGUGCUGCUAUUUUGUAUGCUCUGUAAUAAGAUAACUAUUAUUCACGAUCUGAUUUUCAAUAGUAUGAAUAGAUAAAAUCACAGUUAAUAUGGAGUGGUACAAAAACAAAAACUGUUUUCUGUUUCAGCACAUAUUGUUAUAGUUUGUAUUUUAAUGUGCCUCAUUGUUUCAUAAAUAAUAAAUGUGUUGUAAUUAAUGCAACAAAAUAUA